AUGAAUGGUCUCCAUGAAAUAAAUCGAAAUCUUCGUAGACAGUGCAACUGUGGUCAUCAUAAUCAUGAAUUGUUAGAGAGUAAUUCUCAAUCAGUUGUGAGAAUCUCCUGCGAGAUUGCAAAAUAUAUUGAUGAAACGUACAAACAGCAUAUUUGCGAACAGACCUGGAAGAAGUUUGAUCAACUAUUUGCACGGGUGUACGAGAGAAUAAUAUCGGUUGAAAAUGUCGAGACAGAUUAUACCAAGACUCAAAAGGAUACUCUGGAUAGAACUGCAACAAUUUUAGAAAGUGUCCGACAAGCCUGCAAUCAAGGCCAUCACGAGCACGAUUGUGUGCAACUCCAACUCAAUGCAGUUCGAACGUUGGUCAGCGAAAUCAAGAGUUACGUAGACAACUUGAUCAUCUCUCGCGGUCAAAAAAGCAAUGACCAAAUUAAAAUCAGAAUUGCUGUCGAAGACGUGGCUCUCAGAGCACCAGUGGACGAUGGCAUUCUAAUGUCAUCAGACAGUACAGAGGACAUUGAUCAACAACCAAGAAGAUCAUACAAACGGCGAGGGUAUAUUAAUAGAAGCCGUGUACCUGCAGAAGUAAAAAUUUCCGACGAUGAGGCGCAUUCCACAGCUGUAGCGGGUGGUGUCACCAAUGGAGGGCCAAGAAGGUCAAGCAGAAACUCGGUAAAGAAAAACGUAACGGAUUACCCGGAAAUAGUGAAAAGUGGCACAAGGCAACAAAAGGAUAGGAAGUCCGCGCCACCGACAUUAGUACGAACUAAGAAUGAAACUAAGAGACAUCAGAAAAAAGCAACAUCGGCUCGUUUGGAUGGAAAUGAGCCAUCGUCUUCACAAAAGUGUUCAAAGGCUCCGAAAAGAAAAAUCAUAAAGUUUGACGAUCAGGCGAAGAGCAAAAAAAAUAAGAAGGAUUCUGUGUGCGACAUAGAAGAUGAGUUCACCAGAGAGAUGAAAAAGUUGAUGAUCCGCGAAAUUGUGACGAUUCAAGUUUGCCACGCUCGCUGCGAUUACGAACUCCACAGUCACUCAUGUGUUCACGAUUUUCUCGCCGCGGAUAACAACGAAUUCAACCAGUUUCAUCUUGCCGAGAUUUCGAAAAGUGCAGAAAGACUAAACAUCUGCUAUCAAGGUUGCCUCGAAGAAAAUCAUUUUCACAUCGGACGCAUGCUAGAAUACUAUCUUCUCAUCUUCACUACCAUCAAAGUCCAGGAACACUACGGAAUCGAAAUGCCACCGAAUUUCCAUUCAACUUUUCGAAGAUCUGUCACGAUAAUACUCUUUCAUUACAUUCUUCCGAUCGAAUUAUGCCUUCCAACGCAGCAGGUUGAAUCUACCACAACAACAACAACAACAACAAUGGCUCCUGUAGCGGCACCAUGCUAUGUUUGUCCGAUUGUUUAUCCAACAAGCGGAUGUCUAGGAGGAGGUUUUGAUGUCUGCGCAUCAGCAGCUGAUGUUGGAAUUAAAUACCUUGUUGGUCCGAUUCUUGGAAUUAAUUUUGGAGAUGCUGAUACUUGCUCAACGAGUUUCUCUUGUCCUCUUGGUACAACAACACGCAUAAAACUUUUCGAUAGAAUUUUAGUGGGUUCGGGUAUAGUCCUUGCAUAUUGUCAGCAGACUGGUCCAAAUGCCGGAAAAUGGUACUAUGGAGUCCCACCACUAAACACACCUAUCGAAAUUGUACAAACUGCGUGCACUGGAAUAUUCAGUGGCUAA